AUGACUUGCAUCCAUCCUUUCGUUGUGUUCUCUCUUGUUCUAUGUUAUCUAACGAGUAUUUGCUUAAGUGAAACACCAAAUUUCGUUUCCUCUGGCGGUAUUACUGUUCGUACUAUUUCCAAACUUAAUAGUGAACUUUAUGAAAUAACAAUAUCAACAACUGCUGUACGAGGUGAUCAAAAAGUUCGUAUACUUCUCCCACGUGAUUAUACCAGCAGUGCAAAAACUCGUCGUUAUCCUGUUUUGUACUUAUUUCACGGAAGUCUUGGCAAUGCUGCUGACUGGACAACAGGUGGUAAAGCACAAACCAUUCUCGGUCACUCUCCUGUGAUUACAGUUAUGCCUGAUGGAGGAUCAUUUGGAUGGUAUACAAACUGGUUGAAUCCUGGUCAUGUUACUCCACAAAAUUGGCGAACGUUCCAUAUGGAACAGUUAGUAUCAUGGAUCGAUCGAAAUCUCCGAACGGUGAAUGAGAAGAAAGGUCGAGCUGUCAUCGGUCUUUCAAUGGGUGGUUUUGGUGCAAUACGUUAUGCAGAAUUAUAUUCCGAUCGAUUCGCUUUUGCAGCUAGUUUUUCUGGUGCACUUGAUUUACAAGAUUUUCGAAUUCAAACUGGAAUCUUAGGUUCAGUAACAAUCGAUGGCAAACCAUUGGAUGGACCAUUCGGUGCUGCACUUCUACCUUGGACACAAGAAGGAUGGAUUGCUCAAAAUCCUAUUACACAUGCGGCCUCAUUAAAAGGUGUUAAAUUAGCACUCUAUACCGGAAAUCAAGGAAUUUUGGAAGGAACUGUGCGCGAUACCACCUAUCGUCUACUCGAUAAACUUAAAUCGUUGAAUAUACCAGUUUAUUUUAAUGAUUAUACGAAUGGUGCAUCGAUUGGUAAUGGUUGCAAAGGUGGACAUGAUUUUGCAUGUUGGAACGGCGCAUUAAUCGAUGUAUUACCUCGUAUGAUGUCUGCUUUAAUACAGAAAUAUUAA